AUGCGCACUCACGCGUGUGAGUCUACGAGAGCGCGUUCGCGCCAUCUCGUGUGCCACAGCCGCAUUAACACCGUCGUCUUUGUCACACCGUAUUCCAGCCUCACUCCCGCUUCUGCAUUCCCCCUGCAGCAUCCCUUCUGUCGCAUUCCCUUUGCCCCAUCCCCCUUUCCGCAUCCCCCCUGGCGCAUUCUCCCUACCGCAUUCCCCCCUGCCGCAUUCCCCCUUCCGCAACCCCUCUUUCGCAUUCCCCCGCAGCCUUCCCUCUUCCGCAACCCCCAUUCCGCAUUCCCCCUGCCGCGUUACCCCUUCCGCAAUUUUCCUUCCCCAUUCCCCUGCCACCUUCCCCUUGUCGCAUUCCCCUACCGCAUCCCUCCUUUUGCAUUCCCCCUGCCGCAUUCAACAUGUCGCAUUCCCCCCUGCCGCCUUCCACCUUCCGCAAACCCCCUUUCCGCAUCCCCCCUGCCGUAUCCCCCCUUUUGCAUUCCCCCUGCCGCUUUCCCCGUGCCACAUUCUCCCUGCCGCAUCCCCCAUUCCGCAUUCCCAGCCGCAAUCUCCUUGCAGCAUUCCCCCUGCCCCUUCCACAUUCCCCCUUCCGCAAUCCCCCUCCCACAUUCCCUUAGCCGCAUUCCCCAUUCCGCAACCCCCCUUCCACAUUCCUCUGCAGCCUCCCCCCUCCCCGCCAAAUACUCACUCCUCCCAGCCUCACCCUCACUCCCUUGUGCUCCCUGCCUCAUGCUCACUCACUCGUGCUCCCUGCCUCAUACUCACUCCCUCAUGCUCCCUACCUCAUACUCACUCCUCAUUCUCACAGGGGCCAGGCAAACGGCAUUGCCUCUUCUGCUCCCCUCCCCCACCCCCACAUCCCUCUCCUCCCUCUUUUGCUUUCCACCAGGUGCGCGGCGUCACUCACAAAAGCCUAUUAGUCGGCAUUGCCUUGAGUACCAGGCUACCGAGCUCUCGCCCCCAUAUUCUUCCACAAGGAAGUCCUCCACAUCAUACUUGGCCUCUCCUCACUCCAUCCAUUCUCUUCCUCUAUCCUAG